AUGUCCUCUGCGAAGCGCCCUGGUGGAUAUAACCUUUUCGACGAUGCCGAUAUUAAUGACUCGGUAGAAGAUCUACCGUGGAUAGAUUCCAUGGCCCCGUCAACCCACCUCGGCGACCAUGCUGAUUCUCAGCCUCCGACGGUCGCCGCUUUCUCGCCCGCUACCAUCUCUGGCUCGUCUUUGACCUCGAGGCAGCGUUCUAGCAUCAUUGUGCACCGCAAGUCUCCUCUUCUCGUGGCCACUCCUCCGCCGGUCACGCGCGCACUUGCCUAUUCACAUCCGUUCAUUUUGCCUUUGAAUAGGCUUGUUGGCUUGUUGACAUGGACUACGGACGACUCCAAUUAUAGCUUCCUGCUCGUGGCAAGUUUCUGGACGGUGGUCUUAUACGGUGAUGCAAUUAUUCUUUGGGCCGGACCGCUCUUGGUAGUGGUCGGGCUGAUUCUCGGAAUGUACUGGAGGCGCUACUCUCCAUUAUCAACCCGGGCAUUUUCAACGGAGAAGCACAGUCAAUCGGCUGCUACAGAAGGCUCUGCGCAACGUCAUGAAAGUCUCGACGAGAUUGUCGAGGCUAUGAGGACGUUCACCACUCGGUGCAAUAUCCUCCUCGAACCACUUGUCGAACUCACGGAUUUCUUGUCAACCCAAAGGACAGCUACAUCAGCGACUACGCGACCGGCUCUUACUGCUUUAUUUGUCCGGAUUCUUUUUGUUACUCCGAUAUGGAUUGCCCUGACUCUUCCUCCUCUAUACCUUAUCACUACUCGCCGUGUUAUCAUGGUGGUAGGUACAAUUAUCCUUACAUACCAUUCGCGGACCGCAAGGGUCUCCCGCGUCAUUCUUUGGAGAUCCCUUACGAUUCGCCGGAUAUGCGCUAUGAUUACGGGGCUGUCAUUUGAGUUGGAUAAAGACAAGUCUCAUGUCAUGCAGAGUCACGGUCACGCUGCCAAUAUUGCUACUAGACGCCGCGGAGAUUCAUCCGGUGUGCGUUUUACUUUUAUCAUCUAUGAAAACCAACGUCGUUGGUUAGGUAUCGGUUGGACAUACUCCUUGUUCCCGUCAGAGCGGGCUGCAUGGACGGAUGAGCAUCUAAACCCAGUGCCUCCGAAGAAUGAAUUCCAUCUUCCAGAAGUGCAAAGUGGAAACGCAAAAUGGCGAUGGGUCGAAGGAGGUGAAUGGCACAUUGAUGGUGCCGACGAUGAUGCAUCCGAUUCCAAACGUGCUGAUGGGGGAGGUUGGAUUUACUCUGAUAAUAAGUGGAAUGAUGGGCGCCGCGGUCAAGACGGGUGGGACCGCUAUACACGCCGCAGGAAAUGGUGCCGGGACGCCGAACUCGUGGAAGUCACACCCGACGGCAAAUCCCUAGACGCACCAUCCGCUUUAACACAAGCCCUGGCGCAGCAAAUUGAAAAGGAAAAGAAAGAACGCGGCAACACCGAUGCUUCUACGGCCGACGCUGAUUCCGUGAGUCUCGCCCCGUCCACAUCCUCCACCAAAGCACGGCGACGACGUUGGUUUGGAGGAUCGUCAAAGAGUGUAAGCGACAAAAAUGGCAGCUCCUCCUCUGCCACACCUCCACCAACCUCCUCCUCGAAUAAUAAUAAUAACUCCGAAGAUACUGGAAAAAUAACCUCUGCCACUAGUUAUAAUACCUCGCGCUCGCCUUUAAAAAAUGCCUCGAGGCCCGUGAGCAUAUCGAAGUCUCGAAGAAUGUCAGGGCUCUCUGAAGGUACCUCUGUCCAUGGUAGCCCCCAUGGCAGUGGCACAGUCGCUAGUGACAGUUUGAGUAUGCGUGAUAAAGAGUUUUCGGAUGCUCACGAUCGUUUGGAUCGCUGGGGAUCGAGGGCUGCAGGAGGGACGGAAAGAGCAGAAAGGGAAAUGGGGUUAGGUGAUGAGGUGAACAUGGGACUAAGUUAA